CACACACAAAAAGUUUGGCAUAAAUUUCGAAAAUUAUUUUGUAAUUGUCUAAGUGUUUAAUACUGUCCGAGAAAUAAACUUGGAUAGUGGUACGAUGGACGGGAUAACCCAGAACAUUCUGACUUCAGGAUUUGCUCUUGACCUGGGGCCCUUGAAAGAGCCCUUGGCAUUUAUUAGAGUGCUCGAAUGGGUCUUCUCCAUAUUUGCCUUCGCUACAACGUCUGGUUAUGCCGGCUCUACGAGCAUCAACGUGCUGUGCCAGGGAAGCAGAAGCCAAGAAAUCACUGCUGACUUUAACUACCCAUUCAGACUCAUGGCUCACCCAUACACUGUCCCCUCCUGUAAGAAUGACUCCAGCACUAUCCAGACCUAUCUGACCGGGGACUACUCCUCCUCAGCUGAGUUCUUCGUCUGUAUCGGGGUGUUUGCCUUCCUCUACAGCGCCGCCAGUCUGGUGAUCUACCUGGGCUACCAGCACGUCUACAGGCAGACCAGCCGCGGCCCCAUUGUGGACCUGCUGGUGACCGCAGCCUUCACCUUCCUGUGGCUGGUGUCCUCCUCUGCCUGGGGUAAAGGCCUGACUGACGUGAAGUGGGCUACCAGCCCCUCUAACCUGGUAGCCUUAAUCUCCACCUGCAAGGACGUUGGUAACAAGUGUACACCAGGAGCAGUGCCUCACAUGGGCCGACUCAACUCCUCUGUGAUCUUUGGAUUCCUCAAUCUGAUAUUAUGGGGUGGGAACUGCUGGUUCAUCUUCAAGGAAACAUCUUUCCACAAGUCAGCCAACCCCCCUGCGGACGUAGAAGAGGGUUCAGGGGUCAGGCCGUCCUAACUGGGCAGUUCUCUGCUGUCAACGGCUGUGUUCCAGACUGCCUGCACAAUGCAGCCACACUCCAUAAAUUAACCAAUCUUUUGGGGGCGAAUCUUAAC